GCCGGAUAUCCGCCGCGUGACCCUUACGAGUCCUUGCUCCUGAAGCGGAGUUGGUGCUUUUGUGUGUUUUUGGUGUUGAGUCCAGAACCGUUGCUGGGCAUGGGACUGGAGGACGAGCGAAGGAUGCUGACUGGAUCCGGAGAUCCCAAAAAGGGAGAAGAGGAAGAGGAGGAAUUAGUGGAUCCCCUGACAACAGUGAGAGAGCAAUGUGAGCAACUGGAGAAAUGUGCAAAGGCCCGGCAACACCUAGAAGCCUGUCAAGCGCGUGUAUCCUCUCGAUCACAGACAGAAGAGGAUUGCACAGAGGAGCUCUUUGACUUCUUGCAUGCAAGGGACCAUUGUGUGGCCCACAAACUCUUUACCAGCUUGAAGUAAAUUUGCAGACUCAUUCCAGACUAUCAAAUGGGCAUCAGGAUAUUAACCUUCUGGUUUUGAACAUGCCAUUUCUAAUGUGUACAACUAUAAAUUCCUGUGGACUUUGGAUUCUGGUUUAGGAGCAUCUAUGUAAUUAGUAGUGAUGUAUCUUAAUAAAGUCCUAUGAUCUGCUGGCCUG